CAAGGCCUCCCAGCUCCAGAGGGCCGCCUACUGAGUCGUGGCCCUCAGAAGAGCGGGGGGGGGGGCUUUCCGAGGCCUGCUGGGAGUUGUAGUCCGCCCCUUCCUUCUUUCCUUCCUUCCUGCCUCCCUGGUUGGGCUUACGUGGCCCCCGAGCGAGAGAGCGGAGUCGGGCAAGAUGGCGUCUGCCGUGGCGGCAGGGCUGAGGAGGCGGGCGACGGCGGUGGCGGUGGUGCUGGUGGCCGGGCUGGUCUCCCCCGGGGGGGCCCUCUACUUCCACCUGGGAGAGACCGAACGCAAGUGCUUCAUCGAGGAGAUCCCCGACGAGACCAUGGUCAUCGGGAACUACCGGACACAGCUGUUUGAUAAGCAACGGGAAGAGUACCUUCCUGCCACUCCUGGCCUGGGCAUGUUUGUGGAAGUGAAGGACCCCGAUGAAAAGGUGGUGUUGUCCCGGCAGUAUGGCUCAGAGGGUAGAUUCACCUUUACUUCACACACACCUGGGGAACAUCAGAUCUGCCUGCAUUCCAAUUCUUCAAAGUUUUCCCUUUUUGCAGGAGGCAUGCUGAGGGUCCAUCUUGAUAUCCAAGUUGGAGAACAUGCUAAUGACUAUGCUGAGAUUGCAGCCAAAGACAAGCUGAGCGAGCUGCAGUUACGUGUGCGCCAGCUCCUGGAGCAGAUUGAGCAGAUUCAGAAAGAGCAGAAUUACCAGCGGUGGCGAGAGGAGCGUUUCCGGCAAACCAGUGAAAGCACAAACCAACGGGUUCUCUGGUGGUCCAUUGUCCAGACUCUCAUUCUUGUAGCCAUUGGAAUUUGGCAGAUGAGGCAUCUUAAAAGUUUCUUUGAGGCAAAGAAGCUGGUAUAAUCAGGGGGUGGGCUCAGCAAAUGGCCUGCAUUUCCCACAAGAACAGUUUCCAGUGCUUCCAAUUAUCUGCACUGGUCCCUUGGUCAUUCUUUCCACCAGACUGGUUCUUGGUCAAAUUCAGUGUCAUCUACCUCUUUCUCUCUCUGCCCCUCCUUCUUCCUACCCAGCAUCCCAGUUUGCUGUAAUUCCACUGCAGCAUAUUGGCCUCAUCAGGCACUGUUCCAUCUGGAUAAUCAAGACCAGCCUGCCCCUGUUGCCUCCCAUCAUCUUUAACAAUGUGCGUCGAAUGUGCUGGGCAGGGGACCCUGUGCUCAGCCCUUUUCCUCUUUGGGAGUGUUCUUUGUUGAAAUUAGACUCUUCUCUGAAGAGCACUCAGGACAUUUUCUCUAGCCAGUAUGACAUACGUAAAAGCCAAGGAACUGCUGCCAGUUAUGAGCCCGUUGUACUUGUACUAGUUCCGGUUUGUUAAUGUCACCGGUAUAUUGCUCAGAAGGCAUGUGCUGAAUGAGAAAAUCAGGAGGCUGUGCCUACCCUCCUUUCCUGUGUAUUCAUAAUGUGAAUGGAAUAUAAAAUGAUUUGGGGGAUGAACUGCUAUGGAAUUGGUGGAGCGAUACUGGGGACUGUUUCUGAAAUAUUCUGUGUGUGUAUGUUUUGUUGGGCUCAGAGGUGAAUUGAUGAUUACUCAGCUACUAAUCAGGGAUAGCUAAGUAAUGAGAUUUAUAUGGCUUUCCAUUUGCUUUCUCCAUGUAGCUUUUUAGAAUUAUAUUAGAUUUUUCUGUAUAAGUGCAGCUGCUGUUACUCUGGCACAUCAACUACUUCAUUUUCUUUCUAAUAUGAGCUUAUAAGCAGUUGCAAGUUUGGUUCUACAAUGCUGCUGUUCUUAUAGCAGGAAUAUGUGACAACAUACUGUUUCAUGCUGCUCCACCAACCUGGUCCUAACUGUUCUUAUUUGGAAGUAAACCACAUUUAUUGCAUUGGAAUUUCCUAUCAAGCAGUUUUCCAACAAUUAUGCAGCCCAAAUCUCACUGGGCUUUGUGUUGCUAAGUACAUCCAGUAAAUUAAUACAUGAUUAUCUUUCCAAAAUUAUGGAAACACUCCCUUGUUCCUCCCACCUAGAUUGAAGGGUGAAGGAGGGAACAGGCUUGACUCAGUUCAGACAACCAUAUUGAGCCAAUAAGCCAUUUCUUACUGGCUCUCUGGACAGGCAGUGCUUAUGAGCCACAGUUAUUCUGUUUGAAGGUCAUGGGAAAUAUUGUGGUUUAACAUGUCAGGAUAUAAGAACCAAAUCUAUGUGUGCAGAGGAUGGGACAAAGAAGGAGUGUGCUGGCAGAUUCUCAGAGUUAUUGCACCUGAACCUGGCUUUUGUUGUGUUUUGAAGAUUGAAUUAAAGGGUCUGUUGCUGGCC